AUGAAAAAUCCUCCGGCCAUCAUCGGGCCACUUAGUCCGCAGGCACUUACGUGGACCAUCUCGGUGGCUAACUUGACCGUGGUGGAUAGGGUGCCCGCUGAGAUGCUCCAUCUCGUUGACACACACUGGUAUCAGUUUCCGCCUUUGGAGACCAAGUGGCAUGCUGCACUGGCCACCACCAUUGGAUUGCUGGCUUUGAUUUCUAUCGUAGGCAACGGAUGCGUGAUACUGAUAUUCUCGUCCACCAAAGGUCUCCGUACGCCAUCCAACCUGAUGGUGAUCAAUCUAGCGUUUGCCGAUUUCAUGAUGAUGUUUACGAUGGCUCCACCGCUCAUUAUCAAUUCGUACCACGAGACCUGGGUGUUUGGACCGUUGAUGUGCGAAAUAUAUGGAAUGUUCGGUUCAUUGUCGGGCUGCGUUUCGAUCUGGAGCAUGACAAUGAUCGCCUUCGAUCGGUACAACGUGAUCGUAAAGGGUUUAGCCGCCAAACCGCUCACUUAUGUCGGAUCGGUGAUGCGAAUUCUCUUCGUAUGGGUCAACUCACUCGUCUGGACGCUAGCGCCACUGUUCGGCUGGAACCGCUACGUACCGGAAGGCAACAUGAGUGCGUGCGGCACGGACUACCUCUCGAAGGAUUGGAUAAGUGUGUCCUACAUUUACGCGUACUCGGUGUUCGUCUAUUGGUUGCCGCUAUUACUUAUCAUCUACUGCUAUUCCUACAUUCUAAAGGCUGUUUCUGCACAUGAACGGAACAUGCGAGAGCAGGCGAAAAAAAUGAAUGUUGCUUCCCUACGCUCGACGGAUGCAUCGAAAACGAAUGCAGAAAUUAAACUGGCCAAAGUGGCACUCGUUACGAUAACUCUCUGGUUCAUGGCCUGGACACCAUAUCUGGUUAUCAAUUAUGCCGGGAUAUUUGUUUCCAGUCCCAUCAGCCCGCUACAAACGAUCUGGGGAUCGGUAUUUGCCAAAGCUAAUGCUGUGUACAAUCCGAUAGUUUACGGCAUUAGCCAUCCAAAGUACCGGGCUGCUCUGCACGAGCGCUUCCCGUCAUUAGCUUUCCGUCGAAAGGUCGAUUCUACCGAUCAGAGUUCCAUAGCUUCCUGUGCGACUGCUGCCGAUCAAUGCGAAACCUGAAACUGAUGGCUGACCACAAAGU